CCUUGGCUGUUCGCUUCGCCGGAUUGUGUCAAAAUUCUAUUUCAAAAGUUUAGGAAAUUUUGGGAAAAAACAUAAAAUACGUGGUUUAUUGAUAUUUAAAAAUACUAGUGUUGUUCGAAUAGUGCACGUAGCUUCGAUAGUAUUUAAAAAUGGUGGUGCGCGAGUAUAACGAGGAGCUGAAGUACAUCGAGAAAAUCUCGCCCAAUAGCUACCUCAUCAAGAAGGGGUUUCAGCCUAACAUGAAUGUGGAAGGAAUUUUCUACGCCAACAGCAAGCUUGAACGAUUAAUGUUCGAUGAGCUGCGGAACUCUUGCCGGCCGGGUAUGACCGGGGGAUUCCUUCCCGGCGUUAAGCAGAUUGCCAAUGUGGCGGCCUUGCCUGGCAUUGUGGGCCGAUCCGUUGGUCUUCCAGACAUUCAUUCGGGUUAUGGAUUUGCAAUUGGAAAUAUGGCAGCAUUCGAUAUGGGCAAUCCGACGUCGAUCGUAUCGCCGGGCGGAGUCGGUUUCGAUAUUAAUUGUGGCGUCCGGCUGUUGCGUACAAAUUUGUUUGAAAAAGACGUAAAGCCAGUACAGGAGCAGCUGGCUCAAAGCUUGUUCGAUCACAUUCCUGUGGGUGUCGGAUCGAAGGGAAUCAUUCCGAUGAAUGCUCAUGACUUGGAGGAAGCUCUAGAGAUGGGCAUGGAUUGGUCGCUGCGUGAAGGCUACGUUUGGGCUGAAGACAAGGAGCACUGCGAAGAGUAUGGGAGAAUGUUGAAUGCUGAUCCCAGCAAAGUCAGUAUGCGAGCUAAAAAGCGAGGAUUGCCACAAUUGGGAACACUGGGCGCCGGAAAUCAUUACGCCGAGAUUCAAGUUGUGGAAGAAAUCUACGACAAGUUUGCUGCUAGUAAAAUGGGCAUCGAAGAGUUGGGUCAGAUUUGCGUAAUGAUUCACUCUGGAAGUAGAGGAUUUGGUCACCAGGUUGCAACCGAUGCACUGGUUGAGAUGGAAAAGGCUAUGAAGAGAGAUAAAAUUGAAACCAAUGAUCGUCAGUUGGCAUGUGCUCGAAUAAAUUCAACGGAAGGCCAAAACUACCUUAAGGCCAUGGCAGCUGCUGCGAAUUUCGCAUGGGUUAACCGUAGUUCCAUGACAUUCCUUACCCGUCAGGCAUUUGCUAAGCAGUUUAAUACCACUCCAGAUGAUUUAGACAUGCACGUGAUUUACGAUGUAUCGCACAACGUGGCCAAAAUGGAAGAACAUAUGGUCGAUGGUCGCCCCAAGCAACUGCUGGUGCAUCGUAAGGGGUCAACUCGAGCAUUACCGCCGCAUCAUCCGCUGAUUCCCGUCGAUUACCAACUGACCGGUCAACCCGUGCUAAUCGGUGGCUCCAUGGGAACGUGCAGCUUUGUUCUAACUGGUACCGAGAAGGGCAUGGCUGCAACGUUCGGAUCCACAUGUCACGGAGCCGGUCGCAGUUUAUCUCGCGCGAAGUCGCGUCGUAAUUUGGACUAUAAGGAUGUCCUGAGAGAUUUGGAGGCGAAGGGGAUCGCAAUUCGCGUUGCUUCGCCUAAAUUGGUUCAGGAAGAAGCACCGGGUUCCUACAAAGAUGUUAGAGAUGUAGUGCAGACGUGUCACGAUGUGGGUAUCAGUGCGAAGUGCAUCAAACUCAGGCCGAUAGCCGUCAUUAAGGGUUAGAUAAUUCUGAAUAAUAAUAAAAUACAUACAUUUCGAAGACGUAUUUAUUAUAAUAUAAACAGUAAAAUACAUACUUAUAAUAAAUGGAAAUACAUUGAAA